AUGAAAUCUGCUAGAAGAUCACUAAAAGACACAUCAGAUAAUAAGCGUCGAUGGCGUGAUAAAUUCAAAGAGCAAUGCAACGACAGAAUGAAGAUGGCUCGACAGGAGCAGAUUAGUAAAUUACGAGAGAAUCAGUGGAUGACAAAAGUGCUGCAGCAAGAAUGGAUUCAGUUCAAAAUGGACAACGAAGAAGCAAUGCGAAAAGAGGGCAUUGACGACAUGGAUAGUCUGAUAGAACAGAGCAUGCUGGACGACGAAGCAGAGAUGUAUUUACGACAAGAGGAAGAAGGACUAGAUCAGGCCCUGGAGGAAUUAUAUCAAACGGUGGCGUGUGUCAAUUGUCAAAAGGCAGCGCUGACCUCUUCUCAGAUAAAGGGUGUGCCAGUGUUAGCCUGUCCCCAAUGUGGAUUUUAUGCAACCGAGACGUGCUUGAGCACCAUCUUGAAUGCGAGUCAUGGCCAUGCUACCUACUGCCAUGGACUGAUAUCUUACUCUUUGGAGCCUGGCACCGACGAUACAAUCAUUGCCGCUUGCAAUAUCUGUGAUUUAUGGGAUAUGUUUAAUAUGUAA